CGUUGGAGCGUCGCGUUACCGCUUUAUAAGUCAGCAUCGUCGCUACCGUCUUCCUCUUCAUCCUCCGACAGCGCCAGCCAGCAAGCAGCUAGCCUGCCGGGGCUAGUCAGCACAAAAUUAAUUAACAUAUUGACAAAACAGCCUCCAUUACACACAAAAAGCGCCGAGGCGACUGACUUCUCUCCUCUGUUUGCCGCUCACAGCAUCACAGCACCGCUGCCACAAUGACGGAGGCGGAGGCGUUAGAGAACAAGCAGCAGCAGCGCAAGUCCAGCAACGGGGAUGUUCUUCCAGAGAGCGCCAGAGAAGACGCGUUUGAUCACACGUACAAAGAGAAAGAGGGCCCAAAACCUCCCCGGAUCAUCGUAUGGAAAAAUGUCAUACUGAUGACUCUGUUGCACAUAGGAGCCUUGUACGGCGUGUUCGUCGUACCUUCAGCAUCUCGUUUGACCUUGCUUUGGUCUGUACUUUGUUUUUUGAUAAGUGCGUUAGGAGUCACUGCAGGAGCGCAUCGCCUGUGGAGUCACAGAUCCUACAAGGCUGCAUUACCUUUAAGGAUUUUCCUCGGUGUAGCUAACUCCAUGGCAUUUCAGAAUGAUAUCUUUGAAUGGGCUCGAGACCACAGGGUUCACCACAAAUACUCGGAAACAGACGCCGACCCUCACAAUGCCGUCCGUGGCUUUUUCUUUUCUCAUAUCGGCUGGCUGUUGGUGCGCAAACACCCUGAUGUGAUCGAGAAAGGACGCAAGCUGGAGCUCACCGACCUGCUAACAGACAAAGUUGUCAUGUUUCAGAGGAAGUAUUACAAGCUCUCCGUGCUGGUCAUGUGCUUUAUUAUCCCAACAAUCGUGCCUUGGUACCUGUGGGGGGAGUCUCUGUGGGUGGCCUACUUCGUCCCAACUCUGCUUAGGUACACCUUGGUGCUGAACGCUACCUGGCUGGUCAACAGCGCUGCCCACAUGUGGGGAAACAGGCCCUAUGACAAGAACAUCAACCCCAGAGAGAACAAGUUUGUCACUUUCAGUGCUAUAGGUGAGGGAUUUCACAACUAUCACCACACGUUCCCAUAUGACUAUGCAACCAGCGAGUUUGGCUGCAAGUUGAACCUUACCACUUGUUUCAUCGACUUCAUGUGUUUCUUGGGCCUGGCCAAAGACCGCAAGAAGGUGUCCCGUGAGCUAGUCCUGGCCCGGAUACAGCGCACCGGAGACCGCAGUGGCUAAGAUCGCUAAACUGUGGUCAGCUUCAAGGCAAAACGACCGAUAAGAAGAAAUUCCACAGUCCUUUGACAGCUAUACAUUUCUCAUUCUCUGAGGAUUAAAGUCAGCUUUAUAAGGGCCUUGACCACAUUUUUGCUUGUUUUUGUGGUUUUUGUAGCUGUAACUAAACAAAUUAUUCAAGAUGGAAAAAAAAAGAUGUUUCAGAUUUGAAUUAGAUGCAUUUUAAAAGUCACCUCCAUUUUCCGCUGUUUUGCCACUUUUGGUGUGCAUUCUUCAUGCAAGAUCAGUUAUGUAGCCGAUCAUUUUUAUGUAAGUAUGAAUUAAUUAUUCUUCAAAACUGACAAGGAGUGGAGCACUUAAAUAUGGAGUAACAUUUUAACUGUUAAGGUACAUUACUGAUUCAAGAGUGUUGCCUUUAUUGUAGUUUACAACAAGUUUUCAACUGUUCUCAUAAAUAGAUUUAAUUUCUGAGCAGUUUAGAUUUGAAAUGAAGAGGUGAGAGCUCAUGUUUGUUUUGCUUUUUGCAAAAAAAAAAAAAAAUAAAGAAAUAAAAUGCUUGCUUUAAUGAAAUAUGAGAGAAUACUGAGGGAACCCAGACCUUCCUAUUAGCCUGAGCAUUCUGACAACCAGUAGGCCAAAGCUUUACACAACCUGCAGGGUGCAACACUGUGGUUGCCUUUAGCAGAAAUCUACACUGGAUAUCUAUUGAGAAAAGUUCAAGCACUUUGAAAAAGAUUAGCUGUGCAAUAAUUGGACGGAGUUUUCUCGCGAUAAUAUAGGGAAUUUGUUUAACAUUAGAAUGAAACUGCCCCUUAGCGUAAGCAGUUAAUGAGAAUUGUAACUUUACCUUAGAAAGAUAAAAAAUUUCACGGAGUUUUUGGGUGCUGGAUGAAUAUAUCAUUAGUGCCAAGAGCGUGUCAAAUGACAACAUUUUUACAACCAUCUCUGUGGUCCACUAGAGCACACUAAGUCGCCUCUUUGCAUAACAUGAUUGUUGGAGUUGUUUUUUUUUUUAACAUUGUGGCAUGAGCGGCUUUUUGCUUAACUGAUUUUAUCCAACUCGUGUGACUAUUUUGUCCUUAAACAUCUGCAGCAUAGAGCUCCCUGAUAGGUGUAGCAGCCAGUCAUGUGGCAGUUCUGGCGUUACAAAACAACAUGUCACCCAUGCAUGGCGAUAUACUGUAGUAGGUGUUGUAGUGAGGUGUUGUGUCGGUGACUGUGAAGGCAGAACUGCGUCUAUUUUUGUAACGUACUGUGGAGCUGCAUCGCUUUGGAUCAUCAGAACCGUUGGCGCCGCGUUGAUUUCCGAACAGGGUCUGGUUUCCCUUUGAUGUGCUACAAAGGUCGUUAUUUCAGAAUUUUAGGUGCAUCAGUGUUCAUGUUAAUCUUUGAUUCUGAUGUGUGGAAUGCGUAGAUUAUUUAUGUGUUUAAUUGUUUUUUCUUUCUUAUCGACUUUCAAAAAAAAAAAAGCAAAAGAAAAUAUUGUUCGAACCUGAUAAAAAUAUUUCUGCAUUCCAAUAUUUGGCUGACAGCCUUGUAAAAAUAUAUCUUUAAAAAAAAUCUGAAAACUGGAGCAAUUGUUCAUUUGUUCUUAAGAGUCAGGAUCAACCUAAUGCCUUAUGACUUGCAUCCAUUCCUUCGCUUCCUGUCAGUUGAGUCAAAAAUGCUCGAGUACCGCAAAACAAAUUUGACUUCUGAGUUCCGUGUUUACACUGAGUGGAACAUUGUUUUUCUCCUAAAAUCAUGUUUAAUUUUAGGCAAACGUAGCAUGGCAACACUGAGGAAAUGUACAUGCAAACGGAGGAUAGGAUUUAAGCGUAAAAGAGUCCGGUACAAAAUGAAAAGCUGGCGAGAAUGUUACAUCGUGAGGUUUAAAGCUGCAGUGCGAAACUUUUGCUUCCCUUUUAUGGAUGUGAGAGCAGUUGUGGCGAUCGGUGUUGCCCUAGCCGUUGAUCACUUCUUCCUUUUUUUGAGAUUGUGAUCCUGCCCAUGAACGCAUUGGCUUUCAUAGGGUUUUCCACCAUUGCUUUGUCAUUGUAGCUAUGCCAUGGGUGGUGAAAGCCGAAAGCAGGCGGAGCAGCAGUAAGACUCCCAGUAUAAAAUGGAGCACCCAUCAAUUGCAAAAGUAUGAAAAAGGAGCUGGGUGGAAGUAGGUUGCUUGUUGUAGAGACGGCAACUGAAAACUGGCUUUAAGAUCCAUGUAUUUGUAAGUUAGAUGUAUAUCAGUGGAUCAUCUUGUUUGGGCUUCCUGAGCUAAUGCUAUAUUUGAUAUUUAAUCCUUUAAUUUGACUAAACAGAUUUAUCCAUUAGGCUUACCCAGCUCCGUGAAUGUAAAUUAAUUACUAUCCAAAGGUCUCGCACUUUAGCUUUAACUUGGGCCCUGAUAGAUGGAUGGUGCCAGCUUCUCUCAACUUAUCACAGCAUCUCGGCAUAAAAACUUAAAACAAAGGUGCUGUCGUGAGGACAUCAUUAGAGCACUUACCAAAACAGAUGACAUUAUAUACUAUUACAACAACGCCGGCUGGCCAGAGCACCAAAAGCAGCGUUUUCCUAAUGAGGAGAGAGAGGGGUCGAGCUGUUUUCAGUCUGAUAAUGUCUACUGUAUUAAAAAUCUGAAAUAAAUUCACAAUAUUUUCAAUACACUUGUAAUUCCAUUAACAGUUGUUGCUCAUUUAUUUCUGUUUUCACUCUCUGUGUCUUUGGGUUUUAUGAUUCUAAAUAAAUUUGCGCUGUGCAUGCCAAACAUUUAGAGUAGUUCCAUGAGACAUUUUGGUUUACACAUACUUAGUUCUCGCUUUCAGAAUGGUUUUGUAGUUGGUGUCAGGAACGAAGCUAAAUACGCCUGUGAUUUCUAAACAUUUCCUGGAUAUUUUGAAUUGGUUUUCAAGAUUUUAACUCCAUAAGGACGUCUUAUGGAGUUAAAAUGCUUCUCGUUGUUGUUACUGCUGUCUUUUAUCUUGAAAUCCUUCACUAAAGUAACAGAGAAAUAAUAAGUAACACCUUAAGCACUCAUUGAAGAGAUUUAGUCUCAGCGAUAUAGAUUUAACCUCGAAAGUGAGUAAUUGGUGAUUUCCUCUCUUUCACGUCAUGGUAAAAUUUAUAUUUUGGGUUUUGUAAGAUUACCAGAAGCCACUGGGCUUUCUGAUCUUCAUUUAAUAGUCAAUAAAAUAAAAUUGAUUUAUGAGAGGGGGAAAUGUAUUAGCUACGCCCCCAAUGUAUAAAUCUAUCUUAUAAUUUAUGUUCAAAUCUUAAAUCUGUCCAUUAACUCUUGGAAAUGAAGGAUUACACAUUUAAAUGCCUUGUCUGUGUCUACAGUUGUGGUCAGAGUUUUACAUCCACUGAUCACAGAUAUGAAUGUCAUUAUAAUUUGGGGCUUUUAAUAAUCUCUUUCGAAUGAUUUCAUUUUCCAGGGUGGAAUUAUUGUACAGCAUAUAUUUUAGUGACUUUAUAAAUUAAGAAUUGGGUGGACAAAUUUGAAUUUAUUUUGGAUUUUCUUUAAUCCACAUAGUGUUAAAAAAUAUACAUACAAAUAUGUACAUACACUCAUUUAAAUCUUAAUAAGUGCUGCUAAAGGUGCUUCAGUGUUGCUUAACUUGACUUGGCCAGGGUUUAUUGCUUUCUCAUUAGUAGUUUCUCUUAAAAAUUAUUUGUUUGACAGCACUCAUUGGAUCGACUAACAAUCAGAACAAUGAAAGCCCAAGACUGUCAGGAUCUAAGAAGUAGAACUGAACAUUUACACAAGUUGGAAAGGUGUCUUCAAACAACUAUAUGUAAAUACAAGUUAUUCACAUGUGUCACCACUGCCAAGGUGUAAACCAGGGGUGGGUGCCUCAAGGGUCAGUGUCCUGCAUGUUUUAGAUGUGUCCUUGAUCCAACACAGCUGAUUUAAAUGACUAAAUGACCUCCUCAAUGUGUCCUGAAGUUCUCCAGAGGCUGGUAAUGAACUAAUCAUGUGAUUCAUGUGUGCUGACCCAGGGUGAGAUCUAAAACCUGCAGUACACUCCAGGCCUUGAGGGCCUGGAGUGUACCCCUGGUCUAAACUCUUGCGCUCAGAUGAAAGAAAAUUGGGUAGGAUGUUCAGGGACAAUCUAGGAACCACCAAGGCUCAAGCCUGCUGUGAGAUGGAAACUGCUUUAACAUCAGUGCGACUGUCCACAGUAAAGCCAGUUUUAUAUGGCCAUGAACUGCAAGGGUACUGACCAAAAAGGAAGUCUCUCUUUCAAAAUUGAGAGGUUCAAACUCAACUGAAAUUUUCAGAUGCCCACAUGAACGAGCAAAAUGCCUUAUGGAGAAAGGUUUUAUGGUCAGACAAGACAAAAAUUAAGCUAUUUAGCCAUAGCGACGAGAUAUGUUUGGAUGAGUAAACGUGAGGCUUUCACACCUAAGACCAGUGUACCAGCUAUCAAGCAUGGUGGUGGUAGCAUCACGCUCUGGGCUGUUUUGCUGUAUAGGUACAUCGCACAAAGUGGAGAGAAUAAUGACAAGCAGGAUUAACUUAAAAUUUAUCAACGUCACCUCAAAUUAACAGCUAGAUAGUUGAAACUUGAGACCAAACACAAAUCAAAACUGAUUUUGGCAAGCAUGCUAACUUUAUUCUUCUGGAAUGGCCUUCCCAAAGCUCCGACCUUGUGGUCUACACUUAAAAGCCAGAUCUGUUGAAGAAAACCAACGAAUUUAAAAGACCACUACCAAUUCUGCCAAGACAUUUAGUCAAAUAUGCAGCUAGGAUUAUAUAAGAAACUGGUAGAGGGCUACCAAAAGUGUCUGGUCACGGUGCAGUUUGCAGACAUUUAGCCAGAUUCUAGUGGGGUGUAUGUAUACUUUUGACCCUGUGGAUUAGAGAAAAUCCAAAGGAAAUUCAAACUUGUUCACCCAAUUAUUGUUUUUUAAGUCAAUAAAGACAUAUGCUAUACAACCACUACACCUUAGAAAAUUAACUGUUCAAAUAAACAUUUAAAAGCUCAAAUACAAGGACAUUCAUGCCCAUUAUGAGUGUAUUGACCCUUCUGACCACAUCUGUACAUCAACUUCAUUUUGAGUUUAAAAUAUGUCGAAAUGAAGGUUUUUGACAUCGCAGUGUUAAAUUGUCUCCAGUGAUAUCAUACUCCAUAACCCUAACCAAGUGCGAGUGUCUGUGAAGAAGCCAGCUGGAAUGGUUUGGGGAAUGGCAUGUUCCUGGUUGCCUUUGGGCUUCUGUGGCAAAGAACUCAUCCAGUGUGCUGCUGGCAUAAGUGAUCAAGUCAAAUAUAGCCUCUGCCUGAUUUCCACAGUCCAGAGAGGAAUGUAGGACCAGUGUGGUCACAAGAGACCAGUUUAACAUGUCAGACUGUACGAGGUUAAGGAGUAUGUGUCUCAAAAGAGUGAUUCCAAAAUCUAAUCAUGCAAUUUUAUGCAUUUUUUUUUUGUCUUUGUUCUUUAUUUGCUCUGUAAGUGAAGGGUUGGAACCUCUUAAGUGUCAUUAUGUUGUUUGUGUAUUAAUGCCACAUGACAUUAUGGAAAAAGUCUAAUAAAAUGUUGAAGUUU